GACCGAGGCUGCGCGCUCGUGUCGCGCGCUACUGGUGGGCAGAGCGCCGCCGUCACGAGCCGUGAAGGUGUCAUGAAACGAAGAAAACUCACUUUCGGAGGAGAAGGACGCUAUUUAUAAGGGCACGCAUGGCCACAUAGGGAAAAUUUUUUUGGAUAAAUAAAUCCGUCGAACGAAGAUGGCCAAAAACACAUCUCUGUACUUUCGAAUAGUCGAAGGCAGGAACCUACCAGCCAAAGACGUAUCGGGAACCAGUGACCCUUACUGCAUUGUAAAAGUUGACAAUGAAGUUGUGGCCAGGACAGCCACCAUGUGGAAGAACCUCAAUCCUUUCUGGGGUGAAGAGUACACACUGCACCUCCCGAUGGGGUUCCAUUCAAUCUCCUUUCUUGUCAUGGAUGAAGACACAAUUGGGCAUGAUGAUGUUAUUGGAAAAAUUACACUGAACAAAGAAGAAAUCGGAUCUCAGGCUAAAGCAAAAUAUCUUAUGAACCAGUGGAUGCAUUUGAAUGAAACUUUCAGGAUUGAUAGUUGGCUGAACCUGAUGAGGGUUGAUCCUGAUGAAGAAGUCCAAGGAGAGAUCCACCUGAGUCUGGAGCUUCUGAAAGACGCCAAAAAGAGCACGCUGCGUUGUCAAGUCAUUGAAGCCAGAGACGUGGCUCCCAGAGACAUUUCCGGAACAUCGGAUCCAUUCGCACGAGUUCUUUUCAAUAACCACAGCGCAGAAACUUCGAUUAUAAAGAAGACUCGUUUCCCUCACUGGGGAGAGACAUUAGAGAUGGAGUUGGAUGCAGAGGAGCUACGUGAGCAGGGUGCUGUUACCGUGGAGGUCUGGGACUGGGACAUGGUGGGCAAAAACGACUUUCUGGGAAAGGUGGAAAUCCCUUUUGCUUAUUUGCACAAGACGCCUCUGUUGGAGGGCUGGUUUCGCUUACUGCCCUUGGGGAACAAUGAGGUUGACUCCAGUGGGAAGCUGGGAGCGCUGCGUCUGAAGGUCCGUUUGGUGGAGGAUCGGAUUUUGCCGUCCAUGUACUACCAGCCCCUCACUGACCUUCUGGUCGAGUCGGUAAUCUCCCCCGCAGAGGUGGAGGACAACAGCGCCCUGACCAUGCUGGAGGAUGUGACCACAGUAGAGAGCAGACAGGAUGUUGCCAUGACUCUGGUGAAGAUCUACUUGGGACAAGGCCUUGUGGUGCCAUUCCUUGAUUACCUUAACACCCGGGAGGUCAACCACACCACUGAUCCAAACACUUUAUUUCGCUCCAACUCACUUGCCUCCAAGGCCAUGGAACAGUUCAUGAAGGCGGUUGGCAUGCUGUAUCUGCAUGACGUGUUGAAACCCAUCAUCAAUCGCAUCUUUGAUGAGAAGAAGUACAUUGAGCUGGACCCGAGUAAAAUUGACCUGAACCGCACAAGACGCAUUUCAUUUAAGGGUGCGAUGUCUGAGGCAGAGAUCCGGGACAGCAGCGUGGAGAUGCUGCAGACCUAUUUAACCAGCAUCAUCGAUUCAAUCGUGGCCUCGGUCGAUCAGUGUCCUCCGGUGAUGAGAGUGGCCUUCAAACAGCUGCACAAGAGAGUGGAAGAGCAAUUCUCCAAACCCGAGAACGAGGACGUAAAAUACCUGGCCAUCAGUGGGUUCUUCUUCCUGCGAUUCUUUGCUCCGGCUAUCCUCACGCCAAAACUGUUCCACCUGAGAGACCAGCACGCCGACACACGCACCAGCAGAACACUUCUACUGCUGGCUAAGGCUCUACAAAGCGUCGGCAACUUGGGUCUUCAGCUGGGUCACGGGAAGGAGCAGUGGAUGGCGCCUCUUCAUCCCAUCAUCCUUCGCAGCGUGGCCUCUGUCAAGGACUUCCUGGACAAGUUGAUCGACAUAGAUCACGACGUUGUGUCUUCAGUGCCUCAGAGGGCUGUUUUCAUGCCUUCAGUAACAGUCAAGGAGGGAUACCUUCACAAAUACAAAGCAGAGGGGCCGCAGCUGCUGUCCCGCUUUGCCUUUAAGAAGCGCUACUUCUGGUUGACUAGUGAGACGUUGUCCUAUGCCAAGACCUCUGAUUGGCAGGUGCGCUCUCCAAUCCCCAUUCAGUGUGUGUGUGCCGUGGAGAGGGUGGAUGAAAAUGCCUUUCAGCAGCAGAAUGUAAUGCAGGUCAUCACCCAGGACGACGACAGACAGCUGCACACCAUGUACAUCCAGUGCAAGAAUGUGAAUGAGCUGAACCAGUGGCUGUCUGCGAUAAGGAAAGCCAGCAUCUACAAUGAGCACAUGCUGCCCUCUUUUCACCCGGGCGUCCAUCGCAGCGGCAAGUGGACCUGCUGCCUGCAGGUGGACCGGACUGUAACAGGCUGCAGCCGGACCCACUCAGCCGUGACUCUGGGGGACUGGAGCGACCCGCUGGAUCCCGACGUGGAGACUCAGAUGAUAUACAAGCAACUCCUGCAGGGCCGAGACGCACUCAGGGAAAGGUACCUGGAGAUGUCUGAAGAUGAUCUGCCGUCAAGCAAUACAGAAGAGAGGAUAAACUCGGACAUUCACCACCCAGAUGGUGCAGAGUGCAACGUUCAGCUAAUGAAGCCAGGUCAGAGUGUUGCUGCUCGGCUGCUGGCAGUGAUAGAGGAUCUGGAGCAGGCUCACGCCGCCUUUCAACAAAGAGAAAAAGAGGACGCCGCCUGUGUCAUUCUGAAUCCCUAGCCUGCACACGAUCUGGGAUCUAUUAUUGCCUGAAGGGGGUGAGGAGGGGUGGGGGGGGGAACACCAAGAUGAGCGAGGAUCGGCUACACACUCCCUCUUGAUUGUAACAGAAAAAGAAAAGGAAAAAAAGAAGUGUCCACACCGUGCAGUCUCCUCCAGGUUUUUUGGUUCAUACAAAGAGCGGUGGGGGACUCAGCUGCUUUUAAUGGUUUUUGAUAUUCUCUGAGUGCCGCCAAUGACAGCGCUGGGGAGGAUUAAGAUAAAGUUGAUAAGGGGGUGUGAGGAACUUUGAAGGAUGAAAUGACUUCAUGUUUCUUUUCUGUAGAUAACAAGCAAUCUGUUGCAUGGCUUGCAUGCACUUGUUCAAUGUGAAAAGAAGCUUUUAUAUUUUAAAGAUAUUGUACAGAAUUUCAUCAAGUCAGACAUUUUAUGCAAAAGCUUCUCGUGGUGUAAUCUACAGUACCUGAAUGUGAGAUGUUUUGAUAUUUGUGUUUUGUACUUUUUAUUGAGGCAAUUCAUCACCAUGGCCACAAUGUAGCAGCGACAUUAUUACAGGUUAUUAUUUCAUGGUGUUAUAAAAUGGUGAUGCAGACGCCUCAGUUUAACGCUGCCUGUACAGUUGAGCAAAACUAAUCUUCUUUAUGUGUUGCUUUGUACCCUUUAUACAAAACAAUGCACUUUGUUUGGUGCUAACUUAGACGUGAUGUCAUUUGAUUAAAAAAAAAGUCCUUCCACUUGUAGCCAUUCUAAAAGUCAUAUAGGUAAGGUUUACCUAAGUGUCAGGAUGUAUUUGAGAUGCCAAUUUUUCUUUUUUAUAUUUUAGAAACUUAAAUAAGAAAAUAGCCUUUUUUAAUGUGGAGUACUAAAAAAUACACUAAUGUCUAAUAUUUGAAGGACAGGAAAGGUCAGAGGUCAGUGAUUGUGAUGCUUGGAGAUCAGAUCUUUAAUCUAGAACUGGGGUCUGCAACCUGUGGCUCUGAGUAGUCUUGACCAAAACUAACAUGUAAGUGAAUAAUAACCAUUAGACAGAGGCUAGUUCUGUCAAAAUUUAUGCAUUAAAUGAAAAAAAUUAAAAAUGGUGUCAGAAUGUUAAUAAUGAAAGGUGACUGAUUAAUCUAUUUGUAAGGAAAAGGUUGUUGGUUUCAGCUAAAAUCAGCCAGAAAACUAGAUUUUUUUUUACACAUUUAGUGCAAUUUGUUGAGGGAGAAAAAUGCAGUUUUGCACAUGCCACUGUUGUCACAAUUCAAGAAAAUAAGGCCAUCUGUAAAAAAAGUUUCGCUCUUUUACAAAUUAAUGUCAACAGUUUAUUAUUGUUCAUGUUCACAAUUUAAAAACAAACUAGGUUUUUAAUAUAUUUAUAUAUUGAGUUGUGUUAAAGGGUUUUUAUAAGUCUUUAAGGUUACAGACCCCUGAUCAGAGAAAACCUCAGCAAACCAGUCAGUGUGAACUGUGAGAAAGGCCUCUACCAGUCAAAGCUCAUCUGAGUGAAAUAGGCAAGCAGAAUAUAAACCAAUACUGAAAAAAUGUUUGAAUACUUUAAGUAAUGGCCAUUAAAAUUACUGUGUAUAAAUUUUAUUUGUUCUCAUAGGUCUAAGCUGAACAUUGGGCCAAUUUCUGCACAAGUUUUACAAUUUCUUAGCUUUUUUUUUUUAAAAAAAAAACACUAAACAAAGCAUAUCCUCAGGAAACUAAUUUUGACAUGAUUUUGAAAUUCUUAAAUGUUUACUCCCCCUAUUUUUACUUUUGAAGAAUAUAAACUGAAGGGGGGAGGGGACAAUCAUGAUUUCAUCUUUUGGACAUCAAUUCAUUUUGUAUUAACCAAGUUAAUAUAUUUUCCAGUGAUUUUUGCACAUGUUUUUUUUUUUGUGUAUUUCUGCUUUCGAGAAUUUGCUUUGCCUAUUUGCCACCUUUUAUAAGUUUGUGAACUUCAUGUUCCAGGUAAGUUAUUGUAAGAAACAAGAAAAAAUGCUUCUUUCUGUUUUGCAAGUACACAAUAAUUUGUCCCAGCUGUAUUUUGCUGUUAGAAAAAGUGUAUUAUUUAUUAAAUUCCUAUAUCACCAGA